AGGCGCGUUCUCGGUGCUGCAGCCGCGGGUUGUGUGAAAGCUCGUAGCGCGGUGAUGUGCUCCCAGUCUGUCCACACUGCUGCUCUCUGACGGAAAAAACACAAAAAACACCAAACUCUGGACUACAUCUCUCCUUUAACUUUUCGGAUUGGGCAAUAAAGGAUUAUAGUUGGUUGCAAGCUUGGAGAAUACGCUGUGUCUCUCUCAUCUUCUGAACUCUCCCUCAGGUUAGCCGACCUCCGGGUAACCUUUCAGCAGAGGGACUCGGUUCAUAAAAAGAAGAAAAAUCCCAAGCUGAACACCCUGACAGAGAUGGAGGCAUUAACUCCCAGCGUGUGCACAAUGGCAUCCAAACCUCACCCUCCUCUGAUGAAGAAGCACAGUCAGACAGACCUGAUCAGCCGCCUCAAAAGUCGAAAGGUCCUGGGAGUUGGAGGAGAGGAUGACGAUGGAGAAGUGCACCGGUCAAAGAUCAGUCAGAUGCUUGGAAACGAAACCAAGUUUGCAGUACGGGAGCCUGUUGGACUAAGGGUGUGGAUCCUUAUCUCCGCUGUGGGCUUUACGGUUAUGGCCCUGAUGGCACUGGUGUUUCCCAACCAACUCUAUGAACUGUUGUUUGAAGAGGAGCUGUCCACGACCAGCCUCUCAGUUCGGCUCUAUGGAGGAGCGCUACUGAGCUUAUCCCUCAUCAUGUGGAAUGGCCUCUACACAGCUGAGAAAAUUGUCAUCCAGUGGACCCUGCUCAGUGAAGCUUGCUACUUUGCUGUCCAAUUUUUAGUCACAUCUGUUACCCUGAUAGAGCUGGGCAUCUUGCCAAAUGCUGCCAUACUGUUGCUCCUAAGCCGAGUGCUCUUCCUGGUGGUGACCAUGUCUUUCUACUACCACCUGGGCCGCCGGGCAAAAAAGAUCUGAGCAAAUGUCCAGGAAAACAGAACCAAGACUGUUUGAGCACAGACGACAAAUACUGGAUCAAGAAGGUUUGGAGUGUGUUUGAAUUUGGACUAGGAGCAUUACUUUGGUUAUUGGAUGCGCCCCACUCCAUCAACAGGACCUAAACCUGAUACAGCCCUUGAUGUUCAGGUCGAGUGUACUUCUGAGCUGUGAGGUCAAAUCUUUUCACACACAUUCCUCGUCUGUGCAGUUUCAAGUGCUGUUGUCAUUGAAAAGUUGUGCAUUAUUAUUAUUCUUCUUAUUAUUAUUAUAAGUGUGCCAUUGCUGAUAUGUAGAGACUAGACAAAUUUUCAAUAGGUUUUAUCAUUCAGUUAGUUAUUUUUCAGAUCUAGUCAUUGUCAUUGUUUAAAUACUGCUCAUCUUAGUAUUGCUUUGAUAUGACACUCAACUCUUAUCUAGUUUCCUCUUUGCCACUACUAUUAAUGCUACUUCAUUUUGCAUCUGCACACUGCAAAUGCAUUAGAACCCCGGUGUUGACUUGCAUCUAUAUCCUCUGUUUUACGUAUAUCAAAACAAAGCGGCCAGUACAAAUCUCAUUAACGGACAUUUAAAGACAUCCUAUUUAGGGUUUUAUAAAGGAGUUUUUUUUAUCAUUGAUCAUAAAUUGUACCAAAGUGCAUAAAGUUUGUUUUGUACAAAUUAUAUACAUUAUUAUAGUAAUUAUAUUUAAUGUUAAGAUUAAGAAUGCAUAGAUAAGAGGGGCUACUUACCAGGGGCUAAAGACCAGUUACCUUAAAGUUAAUAGACUACCUUUAUUGUAAUCUCAGUGUCACAAGUAUGUUCAUGUGAAGAGCAGAACUAACUGGUUCCUAGUCAGAAAUGUAGCAGUUUUGUAGGUUUGUCAUACAUCUUUAGUGUUGCCUUAAAACUAAUUCAUGGACCAGUCACUAACACUGCAUUCUAUUUUAUGUACAUAUGUAAAUAAAUGUAUUGACCUUCAUGUGACAUUGUUGUGAACCAAAUGGGAAACUUCAGUAUUAGUUAGUAAAUUUCAGAAAUCAAUCUUUCUCUUUGUGUAUGUGGAAUCUUGUGUUUCUGAUGCAUGCAGUGUUAUAAGCCAAAAAUAUCGCUUCAGUUGAGUUAGGAUACAGUCACCAACUAGGAAUAAAUCCCAUUUUGAGGUUUUUGUUCCAUAGAUCAAAUACACAGAACAAAAACAAAUCUUUAUGUGAAUUUGGGGCAACUAUAUAAAACUUCUUCCUGCACACUGUGACUUUUCUGGAGGGUGGUCCGCCACCUGCUUGUCAACUGGGAGAUGAUAUUGGUUUGUCUAAAAAGUUCCCCAGUAUAGCAUUAAAUGUAUCCAUCUUUCAACUUAGGUAAACUUAAUCUGUGGAGAAGCAGAUUGCAUGUUUGUCAUUGUAAUUUUUAGCUUUAAAAACACCUGUAAUUGGAAAAAAUAGAGGCAUCUCCAGGCAUCUCCAUGGAGGCACUUGGAUAGCAGACCCCCUACCACACUACCAGAGAAAUUGCGUAGUGUUCCUUUAAGCAAAAGAACAUUGUUACAACUUUAAAAAGUAGGUUGGACAGCCUCCUUUAAAGGUGGUCAUGCUUGAUCUAAAUCACCAUAUAGUGCCCUGCCCAAAAAGGGAGUAGUCCUGAGGUCGGGCUGAUUGUGGGUUCCUAUACCAUCCAGUGCUCCAGCAGAUGUGCUUCUUUACAUGGGUGCACUUUGAGUUAAGAUGGGUACAUGAAACACGGGUGAGGUCUCAAAUACAUAGUCAUUAUCCCUUUUACAGUGUUUAAUUACCUCCAAGUGAUACUUCAUACCCUCCGUUAGCCCAAUGCUCUGCUCUGACUUGCACAGUAAUUAUGGAUUUCAUGAAAAUGUCCUUGUUUCUGUCAAUACUAGGUCUCCAAUCAUCAGGCAUGUGAACUGUUUGAAGCUAGGAGGUUAUUUUAGGAGAGGAGGGCCGAUGCAGACCAGUGGCUUGUUCAUUCACUCUGCCCCCUGACGUAGAUGGUAAAUAUUGCUUUGCAACUUGUAUCUUCAUAAUGUUGACCAAUGGUAAAUGGAGGUAUUUAUUCUUUGUUAAAUAUCUGUUUGAUUUGUACUGUUGCUUAUAGAAAAGCAGGUAAACUACUUCAAGUUGUAGCAUUGUGUGUUGUGUAUAUAUGUGCAAUAUUGUACCUCAAAGAUGAAUUGUGAUUUCCACCAUUUAGUAAAAUAAAGAACACUAUUGUUUA